GCAGCGGCGGCGAGUUCGGGAACCCGCUGAGGAAGUUCAAGCUCGUCUUUCUGGGCGAGCAGAGCGUUGGAAAGACCUCUCUGAUCACCAGGUUUAUGUAUGACAGUUUUGACAAUACUUAUCAGGCGACCAUUGGAAUUGAUUUCCUGUCAAAAACAAUGUAUCUUGAAGAUCGCACGAUCAGGCUGCAGCUGUGGGAUACAGCCGGCCAGGAGAGGUUCCGCAGCCUCAUUCCCAGCUACAUCCGUGACUCUGCUGUGGCUGUCAUUGUCUUUGACAUUACAAGUUCGGCUGCAGCUUUGGGACACAGCAGGCCAGGAGCGGUUCCGCAGUCUCAUUCCCAGCUACAUCCGCGACUCCACUAUUGCUGUGGUAGUCUAUGACAUUACAAACUUGAAUUCUUUCCAGCAAACCUCCAAGUGGAUUGAUGAUGUUCGGACAGAGAGAGGAAGCGAUGUCAUCAUCAUGUUGGUGGGGAACAAAACUGACCUGGCAGACAAGAGGCAAAUCACUACAGAAGAAGGUGAACAGAGAGCCAAAGAGCUGAAUGUGAUGUUUAUUGAGACCAGUGCAAAGACUGGAUACAAUGUGAAACAGCUUUUCCGUCGUGUGGCUGCUGCCUUACCUGGGAUGGACAGCACACCAGAGAAGAGCAAAGAAGACAUGAUUGACAUCAAACUAGAGAAACCUCCUGAGCAGCCAGUAACGGAGAGCGGGUGCUCCUGCUAACAGGCCCGUUCUGUAGCAGCACAUUCCCCAACCGGCCAGUCUCACUGAAGAACAUCACCGCUCAUUGGCUAGGCAACCCUACUUUGUGGGCUGAAAAACCAGUCUACUAAGCGAGCGAACUCCCUGUUUACUGGUGGGGAGCAGCCCCGGCCGCCCCUCUUACUGCAUGGUAUGAGCCCCGAGUGCAGAAUGAGUGUUCUGUCUUUUAUUUUAUUUUUUUAUGUUGUUGCACUUUGGCACUGUGGUGCCCUUUACACUCUCUCUUUUCCUCUCCUUCUCCCCCUCUUCCCCACCUUGAGCCUGUCUGCUCAGAUGUAUCUUGUGAAUGCAAUGGAAAAGCCACCAAGUUAGGGAAGACAAAAAUAAAGCUUGGGGGUGGGCUUUCCACCUUCCUUACUGCCUUGCAUCUUAACUAGUUCCCUGUUCACUCCAGCACUGUCUUUGUCCUGCAUCCCCACUUCCUCUGUUGAGAGGCUGCUCCUUUUAAACCAGUCAGUUUGACUUGGCCUUGCCUUUUUGGACAAUACAGGUUAUCUGUUUCUAGGCUUUCGCUUCCUGCAGGGCACACACAAUAUUAGCUCUUCAGUUUCUCCUUUCUGUGGAUGAUCUUGGCUGACUCUUGCUCACGACUUCUGAGUUUUGCCCCUCGUGUUACACACAGCACUGGAAACCCCCAAACUCUGAUAGCUUUGGCCUUCUUGCUCCCGUUUGCGUAGCAGAGACACCCCACUGACUGCUCUCCUCAGUUGGAAUAUCUUCCCAUCCAGAGGACGUUGGCGCUCGGUGAGUGUUGGCUGUCGGAUGUGGGGAAGGAAGAGGAUACAGAGGCUUUGCAGCGUGAGGCUGGGUGGGGAGAGAUCCUCAGGGUGGUUUGUAGAGACCUGGGUCCUGUCUGUCAACAGCAAAAGCAGUUACCCGAAAUCCAUCACUACAAGGGCAAUGCCUGCCCUGGGAGUCAUGGAUGCUGUUCAGGCUCCUUUCCUAGUCUCUGUUCUCCUGUUCGUCGUCACAUAGACUGGGAGCUUCUUCACGUGGAGCAGGAGAGCUACAGCAGAUGGAAGGCCAGUGGUAGCUGUUCUACUCUCAUACCUAGGUUGCUGCUGGAUGAAAUCCUACAUAGCUGCUUCUGCCUUUGUGGUAGACUUCUGGGGGAUGGGGCUAGUAGCCAUUUCACUUUUGGAAUAGUCUUAAGCUGUAACAUGGCCAAAACUGAGAUGAGUAGUGGCAGGGAUUUAUUGUCGGGCUUGGGUAGAGGAAUGGAGGAAUGUAUGCUGCUGAAGUGAAUUUUGGUGUCAGUUCUUGACCUUGGAGGUUGGGAAAUACAUCCUCUUCCCCCUGCCCCUGGUUUCUAAUUAUGUUAAUAGAGCUUUUCAGAGACUUUUACUGGGGGCUUUUCAUCCAUCUGUCCUAACCAGAAGUCUGUAGGUUUGUUGACAGCGAGGAGAAUAAAACAGUCGGAUGGCUCUAAGCCAUUCACUGUUCUUUUCAUCACCCGGCCUAUGUCAUGCUGACAGGGGGGAUGCCAGCGGGCAGGAGAGCGACUGACCGCAGUGUGACGGGUGGGGACACCAGCGUUCGGUGGUGCGUGGCACUCCCCUAGCAGGAUGCCUGUCGGUCACUGACACGGCGUGCGCACUUUGAAGCCUGCGGGCCGUCGAGGGAGGGGAAGGGGCAGCCUCGGGACUGGGAGCUUGGCUUACUGGCGGCAAGUCACCUCGCUGCUGGUGGCUGACCUGUUGUUCCCCAGAGCCCUGUCCCUUUCCCUCCGGGUGAGCUGGCCUGCAGGAGGAAGCUGGGAUGUGGUUUCCCAUUUCACUCUGGAGUGUUUCCCCCACCCCUUACCCCCAGUCCGAGCUGGCGGAGCUGGGUCCCAGCACCGGCGGGAAGCUCAGCUCCCUCCUCUGUACAUACCCCUGUUGUGUGGGAAUUGCUGAUGUUUGUCGGUGUGUCCGUGUCUGCUGUAGAACAGGUUUUGCUGUCCCCUUCUCACGGGCAGGUGUGCGCUGCUCUGCUGUCGUGUUGUUCUGAGUCACGGACCCGG